AUGUCCGCAAAUGCCUGGCCCGGGGCCGACAGCUCCUCCCAGCAUUCUGGGCAGCUGUCGCAGAAAGACCUCGUCCUCGACCAGCAAAUGAUUAAGCACCUUCUCAACAGAUAUGGCCAAGACAAACUGAAUCUCCUCAUCCAGGAAACCACCGGCCCUCAGUCGGAUGGUGCAUCAAUUGUGUCGUCGGCGCAGUCAUCUAUCCUGUCAGAUGACCAGUCGAGUAUGUGGGAUACCCAGAGCAUCAGAACAUUCUCCGACACGUCGUCAAUCACUGGCAGCAUCAUCUCUAAUGUGUCUCGCGGCACAUCGAAAAUCCUGGGUAGACGGAGUGGAAGCAGCAGCGCCGCGGCUGCUGCCCAGGCCCAAGCGGCGCAACAGGCGGCUCAGACGCAGCAGGACUCGGAAUCAUGGAAUGGAAUCGACGUGCCCAACUCGUCCAACACAGCAUCCGACGCUGCAUCAAUCUCGACCAGUGCCUCAAAACAAAAAGGCGCUUUCAUGUGCGGAUUCUGCAAGGAGGAGGAUAUCACCAAGACGUGCACUCGGAAAAACGACCUCAAGCGCCAUAUCGAAGACUUCCACAACGUCAAUGCGCAAUGGUUCUGCCGCCAUCGUGGUUGCCAAAUGGUUUUUGAUUGGCAAGGCGCCUACAAGACACAUUUGAAGCAGGCCCACGGCGGCUCGAGAAUGUCCCUAGACGAGGCCAAGGUCAACCUUUGUCCCCAAGUCGUCUUUGCAUGCGGCUUUGAUAACUGCCUGCAAGUGUUCGAAGCGCAAGGCGACUCGGACGCAAGUGCCACCUUCAAGGAGUACGUGAGCCACGUUGUUAAGCACUUUGACGAGGGGUCCAACAGCGGCGAUUGGUCAUACUCGGCAAGGAUACGAAACCUCCUCAGACAAGGUCAAGUACAAUCAGCUUGGAACGAAUCGAUGUGGAAUGAGGCAUCAAGAACAUCUCUGCAAUGGAGCCCCCAGACGUCUGGCAUUUUGAGGAAACGACUCGAAUGUCGCCAUGUCGGAGAUGUCAAGCUGCUUGUGCAGUACGCCAUGAUGCUCGGCUCCGAUCCUAGCAGCAUUGGAAAGUUCCGCGAAGACUUCGUCACCCCCGUUGCCGAUACUUGCACCUUGCACAUGCCUGGGCACAAAUCACGACAACCGACCAUGGCCGCUCCUCCAGAGCAACCGGCCGACCCUUUCUCCUUCAAGAUAUCGCGCGGCGCAAACCCUGCUCUCGCCGCUUACAUGGCGUCUCAACGUAGAGUCUACGUUCCUAGACAGCAGCGGGUUGCGAUGCCUGAAUCGCAGAUGUACGACCCGAACAGCAACGCCCAAGGCUUUGGGCCCAGCAGCGGCGCAAUGCACCACAAUGGAAUCAUAGCAGACGAUAUGCAGAGCCUAAGAAGCAUGGGCGGAGGCGCACCCGAGUCGACAGACGUGGAGAUGCAGGACGGCUUGAUGCCGGAUUUCUCUUCGCCUUACGGACAACAUUCAGCAAAUCUGACAAGUCCAUCCAUCAACGGUCAUCCUGACGGAUUCUUCCCCCCCGGACAAGCUUAUUAA